GAUCUAAGUAUGCAACAAAAAGAAAUUCUAUCUAAAUUAGAUAGUAAAUCAAUGUUAAAAAACAGCAUUAAGUGUUCAUCUAACAAUGAAUUCUUAGACGACUUCAACUGGCCAAUAAACGAUCUUGGAUAUCUUGAAGUUAUUGAAGAAAAAAUAAGAGAUAAAGAUAUGCGUAACUAUUUGGUAAUUGAUUUGUCACAUUUGGGAGGAAAUUCUAUAAAAGCUAUUAUAAAAAGAAUAGUUUAUAAAUUAUUUACUGAUGUCUUACUAUCCAAUUUUUCAUUUACUGGCAAAAAGGGAAAACAGAAGUUUUGUAAAUUAAAUUUAUGUUCAGUUAUUUUUGAUGCUGUUAAAAAUCAAAACAAAGUAAAGAACGUCGACCAAAAUGAAAUGGAGGAACGAUUAAAAUACCAUUUAGCACAAGCUCCAUUUAGUGUAAAAAGAUUAAAUGACAAAAUAAUUGAAAUAUAUAAUUAGUUGUUUAUCAGUAUUUUCUGUAAUAACUUUUUUUUUCAUUGAUCUUAUAAUUUUAUAUUAGCAACAAAUAUACCAUAAGUUACAGUUUUUUCUUUUUAUAUUAUUAUAAUUUUAUUAUAUU